AGAAGUCUAUUCGUGGGCGGGGAGUAUUUAAAUAGAUUGUCUCGAUCACCUCAUGAUUCCCAUCAUAUAAUCAUUCAUAUACCCAUUGAAGACACAGAUGAACUCCUGUAGAACAUACAACUAACAAUACCAUGCAAACUCAACAGCCCCAUUCCAUGGGGGCACAAAACCCUCAACAAGAACAAGUAGAGGAGGAAGAAUCGGGUGAGGGCGCCUCCACGGUUCUUUGCCUAGGCCCUCCUGGCCAACACCGUCACACUAAACAAAACAACAACAAUAGCCACAUCCAUAAUAAUGAUGAAUGGGGAGUCACUCUGGCAUUUCCCUUGGGCCCGCCGCAUCCGCCACCGCCUUCUUUUCUGCCGGGAGCAACUAACACCGACAGCUCCUGGUCGUCGUCGGGCAAUGCCGCCGUUGUUGUCCGCCCCGGUGGCGGUGACGCCGCAGAUGCCGUCGCCACCGGGGGCGGGCUGAGUCUUGGUGGUGGUGGUGUAGGAGGGCAGUACUGGAUUCCAACACCGGCUGAAAUCCUGGUUGGGCCCACUCAGUUCUCUUGCACUGUUUGUCACAAAACAUUCAACCGUUUCAACAACAUGCAGAUGCACAUGUGGGGCCACGGGUCGGAGUACAGAAGGGGCCCAGAAUCACUGAAAGGGACGAAACUACCCUCGCCGGCGUCGUCGUCGAUAUCAUCUUCUCCGAGCAGCAGCGCGAUGAGCAGGCUGCCGUGUUACUGCUGCGCAGAGGGGUGCAAGAACAACAUAGCGAACCCGAGGUCGAAGCCAUUGAAGGACUUCCGGACCCUUCAGACCCACUACAAGCGGAAGCACGCGGCGGCGGGGUCGAAGCAGUUCUCUUGCCGGAAGUGCGGCAAGCCCUUCGCCGUCCGGGGCGACUGGAAGACCCACGAGAAGAACUGCGGCCGCCUCUGGUUCUGCGUCUGCGGCUCCGACUUCAAGCACAAGCGCUCCCUCAAGGACCACGUCCGCGCCUUCGGCCGCGGCCACGCCGCCCACGCCGACAGCACCGCCGCCGCCGGCGGAUCUCGGUAUAUUGUGGAUGAGAAGCCGGGGUUGAUGACGGAGGCGCAGCAGAUCCCUCCACAACUGCAAGGCGUUGAAGUACAGCUUUCAAGGUAGUUCGAAGAAGCUCCAACUUUGACAUUUUGAGAUGUGUAAAAAGAGAGAAAAGGUAGAAGAGAGACCUCCUGUACCCCAAACACGGCUAUGGUUUU